AUGAUCCUCUUCUUGAUAGGAGUCUUCGGAUUUGCUGUGGUGUCUUCCCAAUUACUGGAGCUGGAGGAAGGAGAUGAGUGCCUACCACUGGGUGGAGGCAAGGGCACUUGUACCAUACUCAGCCAAUGCCAAACCCUCGGAGACUUCAAGAAGAAUCGACCUCCAAUCUGUGGCUUCAAGGGCAUGGAGCCGAUCGUCUGCUGCCCCACCAAGCUGACAUCUAAGGUUAACCAAGGGCACAAGGUGGAGCAAUUAUGUGCCGUACUGGAUCUUAAAUGCCGAAAUACUCUGGAACUCUCAAGGAAUGUGAUUGGUGGUAAAGAGUCAGCACCUAGAACAAAUACCUUUAUGGUCUUGAUCGGUUACCGUGAGAAAGAGGAGAAAGAGUGGGGAUGCGCUGGGUCUCUUGUGACGGCAAAAUACGUCUUAAGUGCAGCGCAUUGUUCGAAUCCCACUGUUUUAGGUCCUGCCAGAUGGGCCAGGUUGGGAGAAUUGGACAUCAGUUCCUCUUCGGAUGAUGCUAAACCAGUCGACAAAGCCAUCAUUGAGAGGAUUCCUCACCCGAAAUACAUAACGAGCCAGAACUAUCAUGAUAUCGUUCUCUUCAAAUUGGAUAGUGAUGUCGUUUUCAACAGUUAUAUAUUGCCAAUAUGUCUCCAUACUAAGCGGCAGAUAAUCACAAAGUUUGCUACCGUCAUUGGCUGGGGGAGGACUGGAUUUAUUGAAGGCACCAGUGACAAGCUCCUUGAAGCAGAAAUAGAAAUCUACAAUGACACGGAAUGUAAAAGGCUUAUGUUCAGCUCGAUCACGCCCCAAACGCCGCAGGGUCAUCAAGCUGAACAGAUGAUUUGUGCUGGAGUGCCAGAUGGAAGCAAGGAUGCCUGUCAAGGUGAUUCAGGUGGUCCAUUGGUUUCACGAGAUACUGGAAAGUGUAUCAAAACUCAACAAGGGAUAACUUCUUUUGGACAGCAAUGCGGAAACCCAGACUCGCCCGGGGUGUACACCAGGGUCUCGAAUUACAUAUCAUGGAUAGAGGAAGUAGCGCUCGGAGACGAAGCCAUACUUUAG